AUGUCCGGCUCCGGCAGGAAAGACUUCGACGUGAAGCACAUCCUGCGCCUCCGCUGGAAACUGUUCAGCCACCCCUCGCCGGCGGGCGGCCCGGCGGGGGGAGGCUGCCUGCCGCCCGACAGCAGCUUCGAGCACUGGGGACCGAGCCAGAGCCGCCUGCUGAAGAGCCAGGAGAGAGGCAACGGCGUCUUCUGGAAGAAAUCCGCCUCCUCCGCCUCCUCCUCGGCGGCCACCACAGCCAGCCCGCCCAACGGGACGCUGCUGCCCGCCGGCGGCCGGCCGGCCACGGGGCACGGCCCGGGACCGCCACCACCCCGCACCGUCUUCUACGUGGAGUCCCUGGAGGAGGAGGAGGAGGCGGCGCCCGGCGGGAUGGAGGUGGCCCGCGAGCCCGAGAAGCCCCUGGCACCGCCGGAGCGGGAGGAGGCGCCGGGGGGCUGCGCCGAUGGAGGCGGCCGGGCAACAGGUGACGGAGGCGGGCACAGGCUGUCAGGAGCCAGCCAUCCCUUGCCACCCCACUGUGACAUGGAUUCGUGUAGCUCUGAGGAAUUCUACCAGGCUGUUCACCAUGCAGAGCAAACCUUCAGGAAGAUGGAGAGCUACUUGAAGCAGCAGCAGCUCUGUGACGUUAUCCUGAUUGCUGGGGAUCGCAAGAUACCUGCACAUAGACUCGUCCUCAGUUCUGUCUCUGACUACUUUGCUGCCAUGUUUACAAGUGAUGUUUGUGAAGCCAAGCAAGAAGAGAUCAAAAUGGAAGGCAUAGACCCCAAUGCACUGUGGGAUCUUGUUCAGUUUGCGUAUACAGGCUGCCUGGAAUUAAAAGAAGACACCAUUGAAAACCUCCUAGCAGCUGCUUGCCUUCUCCAGCUCCCACAAGUAGUAGAGGUUUGCUGCCAUUUUCUGAUGAAGCUUUUGCACCCAUCCAACUGUUUGGGAAUACGAGCGUUUGCUGAUGCACAAGGAUGCACAGAGCUUAUGAAGGUGGCUCACAACUACACCAUGGAGAAUAUAAUGGAAGUUAUAAGAAAUCAAGAGUUUUUGCUUCUACCAGCUGAAGAACUCCAUAAACUUCUUGCCAGUGAUGAUGUCAAUGUUCCUGAUGAGGAAACCAUUUUCCAUGCCUUAAUGAUGUGGGUGAAGUAUGAUAUGCAGAGGCGAUGCAAUGAUCUAAGUAUGCUGCUUGCUUAUAUCAGAUUACCACUCCUUCCACCUCAGAUAUUGGCUGACCUGGAAAACCAUGCACUUUUUAAGGAUGACUUAGAAUGCCAGAAGCUUAUUCUGGAAGCCAUGAAAUAUCAUCUUUUACCAGAAAGAAGAACUCUCAUGCAAAGUCCAAGAACUAAGCCUAGAAAAUCUACAGUUGGAACACUUUUUGCUGUUGGAGGAAUGGAUAACAACAAAGGAGCCACAACUAUUGAAAAAUAUGAUCUCAGAACAAACAUAUGGAUUCAGGCUGGAGUAAUGAAUGGCAGGAGGCUUCAGUUUGGUGUUGCUGUCAUCGAUGACAAGUUGUUUGUCAUUGGAGGCCGGGAUGGUUUGAAGACAUUAAACACUGUUGAAUGUUACAAUCCAAAGACCAAGGCUUGGACUGUGUUACCACCUAUGUCAACACAUAGACAUGGCUUAGGAGUUACAGUGCUUGAAGGGCCCAUUUAUGCAGUGGGAGGACAUGAUGGUUGGAGUUAUUUGAACACAGUUGAGAGGUGGGACCCUCAAAGUCAGCAGUGGACAUUUGUGGCAAGUAUGUCAAUUGCCAGAAGCACUGUUGGAGUUGCAGCUUUAAAUGGCAAGUUAUAUUCUGUUGGAGGUCGGGAUGGAAGUUCAUGYUUGAGUUCAAUGGAAUAUUAUGAUCCUCACACAAAUAAAUGGAAUAUGUGUGCUCCUAUGUGUAAGAGGAGAGGAGGCGUAGGAGUGGCUACAUGUGAUGGUUUUCUUUAUGCAGUUGGAGGUCACGAUGCUCCUGCUUCUAAUCACUGUUCCCGACUGCUGGACUAUGUAGAAAGGUAUGACCCAAAAACUGAUACAUGGACAAUGGUGGCUCCUCUGAGCAUGCCUMGAGAUGCUGUUGGUGUUUGUCUCCUGGGUGACAAAUUAUAUGCAGUAGGUGGCUACGAUGGUCAAACAUACCUGAACACUAUGGAGGCAUAUGACCCUCAAACUAAUGAGUGGACACAGAUGGCUUCCUUAAAUAUUGGAAGAGCUGGUGCCUGUGUUGUAGUCAUCAAACAACCAUGACUUUGUCAGCACUGCUUAGGAUUUUACUGACUGUGAAAUGAUUAUUUUUGUAUGAGACAAAGACAAUGAUUACUUCACAAGAACAAGGAUUUACACAGUAAAUACGCUGUUGAUYGCAAACUUGAAGAAAUUUGGAAGUGACAAAGAUUAAGUAUUUAUGCCCUAUAAAAUCAUAAAAGCGUUCACAGUCAGUGAACAAGAAAAAAACCCCAGAGUAUUGUAGGCGUAAAUAUGUGAAUGUGGAGUAGUAGUAAGUUCAGGUACUGUUCUUGUGAAUGUGUCCUGGAGAACUGGAUAAUUGUGGGAAAUCUCUACAGAAAGAGCAGAAAGGAAUAUGAGAACAGUUUUUGUGGCUGCAAGAGAACUGCAGAAACACAAAAGUAUAUUUAAACAAUUUUAAACUGUGUUUUUUCAAAGAGAAAAGUGCAUAGUAAUAUAAUUUUUUUGUUGUUCGGGUCUUGUCUUYAAAUGGGUUAUGGCCUCAAAUGGGUUAUUUAAAUGAGCAGUUUGAUUUUUACUGAAGGGAAGAGGUGUAAUGGUCUGGAUAUUCAUAGCAACUGAGCUGUGACUCUAGAGUAGGAAGAAAAACAAAACUAAAAGUAGACUUAUUUUAUAACUUCAGAUUGUACCUCCUUGCCAGUGUUAACAAAUCUUAUAAAUGAGUUUACUGYGGAGAAAGCCUGUGUGUUCAAUCAACUAAUAUAUACCGUAAUCCUGUGGUUGCACUGGGGCUUUGUUGCAAAUAURGGAGUCAAAAGAGCAGUUACCUAAUUGUUUCUUAAUCUUAUAUUCAAUUUAAGCAUGUGGGCUCUAAUCUCAUUGUUCAGUGCAUCUACUGCAUGCUGGAAGCUCAUGAMAAGCUGGAAAAUUGAUGUCCUUCUUUCACUGCGUCAUGAAACAGAUGAACCAUGACUAAAACUGUCUACAGAGCCUCYUCUAACAUUUCAAGAGGGAGAAAAAUCCUACAUUAUAUUUCUUUCUGAUACUUGUGAAUACACAAUUUUGCCUAAUUAGAGCUGCCAAUUUAUGACUUUCUACUUAUGACUGAGAAUAACUGCAAGCUGGGAAAUCAGAAUGAAAGCUGGUGGAAUAAGGAAAAUCAGACCAUUUGAUCUAAUUAAGUUCAUAUGGUAAAUAUACUAGUGUCAUCUGUGCCGCCCUUUAGGGUUCCUAAUUUCUGCCAGCAAUGAUACUUUGAACUUUUCCUUUGGCAGUAGAUUUGAUGCUGAUGCUUUCUAUCUGCUCAGCUGAAUCAGUUAGAACCUGAASCUGCUAGGAAUAUGAAAUUCUGCUAUUCAGGAAGGCACAGUUUCUGGGAACAGGACUACCAAGUUUAUGUCUUUAAAGCCCUGCUGAAUCUAUAGAAAACAUUUCAUGGCCCAAAAGCAGAAACCUCACAAUCCACUGUCACUGGCAAUUUUGAGAAUUUUGAAUCCUGGUUGCACUAAAAUGAGUUUUCUUAGUGGAAAACUUUGCAAUCCUAUGAGAUGAAAAAAUACAUAAGGCUUCCAAAUUGGAACAUUUUGAUUUGAAGAUGUGUCUUUCCUUCUUACAGCAUCAGUAUGCGUGGAGAUCUUUGUUUACUGACGUAAGCUGAAUUUCAGUUCUGAAGCCUAAGUAUAUGGAUUUGAAUCUUUAAAGUAUUUCUCUGUCAUAAUUUGGAAUCACCUGAAAAUACUUCAAUAUUAAUUUUCCACAGCCAGUUGCCUUUUGAAUUGCAAUUAGUCUUUCACUGACAAGCAUGUCAAUUUUUCCCCAACUACAACRAAUUGUUGAAUAAAAGAUAUUAACUCUAAAAAUUUUGCUUCACAUAAACACAUGAUUCAGAGACCAAAUGAAGAUUCUAGAAUUAUGAUUGCAAUUAAAUAUAGACAUUGGCAUUCAAUUCUCCUAGAGAUACCUAAUGAACUUAGAAAUUSUAUUUUGAUUCUAUUCCAAGAACUUUCUUUUGAUUUCAUUAUAUUCAUACACAAUAGUAAUAUGAUUGCUCUACCUAUGUACUGCUCUUUAAAAUUGGAUUGUUUCUAUUAAUGUAAUUCUGUGGCAAAUUUGUUUUCURUGUCUCGACCAUUCUUUUCCUCCAKUUAUCCUCAAUUUUA